AUGGAGGACUCCGACCUGAGGGACUACGAGGUUCUGAACCAGCUCGCCAAAGGAGGUCAGGGGGUCACAAGCAGGGUCCGCAGGAUCUACGACAAUCGUGUGCUGGUUCUGAAGCAAAGUUUCUGCGAUGACUGCCGAAGUGCAAACUCAGCUUUGCUCGAGGCCAAGCUGCUGAAACAGAUUCGACACCCGUACGUCAACAGGUACGAGGAUGUGUUUCUGAGUGAGCAAGGCAAGCAGCUUGUUGUCUGCACAGUCAUGGAGUACUGCGAGGGCGGCGACCUGGCGAGAUAUCUCAUCACGUACAAGAAGCACAGGACGCUGGUGGACCCCAUGAGGGCCGUGAGAUGGAUGCAGCAACUAACAUCUGCCAUCGCGCACCUGCAUCAGCAGAAAAUCGUUCACCGAGACAUGAAGCCGCAGAACGUGUUCUUGUUCUCAGAAGACAGCCUCAGGAUAGGAGACUUUGGACUCGCACAGACCAUUGAACGAGGGAAACGAACGUCGCAGGUUGGAACCCCCUGCUACAUGGCACCUGAGGUUCUCUACCGCGACGAGUAUGCGGAGACGGUCGACGUGUGGGGCAUCGGCUGCAUCGGCUACGAGUGUCUGUCACUUCAGUUUCUCUGGCAGAGGAAGGGCAUGCUCGCUGCGCAGGUCGAGGUCGACCCCAUCCUCCCCCAGCACCUCCCCGACCUCUAUCCCUUCUUCCUCCGCGACGCCGUCGCCAGCUGCCUUGCCUGCUCGCCCCAUCGGCGGCCGCCCGCAUCGUCCUUGCAGACUUCCCUGCAGCAGGAGAGCGGGCAG